AUGGCAACGAAAGGCGCGCAAGGGAAAAAGCGUUGUGGUGUGCUGGGCGCAACAGGCUCUGUUGGACAGCGAUUCAUCCUACUGCUGGCCGACCAUCCCACACUCCACCUCCAAGCAGUUGGCGCCUCGUCAAGAUCGGCGGGCAAGCUCUACAAAGAUGCUGUGCGGUGGAAGCAGGCAAGGCCCAUGUCUACCGAGCUGGCCAAUCUCGAGGUCCGCGAAUGCAAAGCGAGCAACUUCAGCGAUUGCGACCUGGUAUUUUCUGGGCUCGACAGCGACGUUGCUGGUGAUGUCGAGAUGGAGUUCUUGAAGGCAGAGAUUCCUGUUUUCUCCAAUGCGAAGAACUACAGAAGGGAUCCUAUUGUGCCGUUGGUUGUGCCGACGGUCAAUCUGUCCCACUUGGCUCUUAUUCCGCAUCAAAGAAAACAUUUUGGAUUGAAGAAAGGCUUUUUGGUGUGCAAUUCGAACUGUGCGGUCAUCGGCAUAGUCAUCCCAUUCGCCGCCCUGCAAGCCAAGUUUGGCCCGGUUGAAGACGUCGAAGUGUUCACCGAGCAAGCAGUAUCUGGAGCAGGGUACCCCGGGGUGCCAAGCAUGGAUAUUAUGGACAAUGUCAUCCCGUACAUCGCGGGAGAAGAAGACAAACUCGAGACGGAGGCACAGAAGAUCCUCGGUUCAGUCAACGCAGAGGCGACCGCCUUUGAAGAGCAAUCCGGACUCACCGUGGGUGCCACGUGUACGCGGGUCGGUGUUACGGACGGUCACAUGGCAUUCGUCUCUUUGAGAUUCAAACAGAGACCACCACCAAGUGCGGAACAGGUUAAGCAGGCCUUGCGGGAAUACGUCGCAGAUGCGCAGAAACUGGGAUGCCCAUCUGCCCCGGAGAAGGCCAUAGUCGUGUUUGAGGAGCCAGACAGACCCCAGCCACGACUUGAUCGUGACCUGUCAGGGGGGUACGCCGUUAGCGUCGGAAGGGUCAGAGAAGCUGCCAAAGGCUCGCAUUUUGACAUCAGGUUUGCUGCUUUGAGCCACAACACGGUCAUUGGUGCAGCAGGGUCCUCGAUACUGAAUGCGGAGGCUGCCAUCAUCAAAGGGUUGAUAUAA